AUGCCUUCUGCAAACAAAUACCACCUCUCCAUUGGCUUGGCCUUGGCUAUAGGCUCCAGUAUCUUUAUUGGUUCUAGUUUCAUACUGAAGAAGAAAGGACUUUUGAAACUGGCAGACAGAGGAGUCACCCGAGCUGGACAAGGUGGAUAUUCUUAUUUGAAGGAAUGGCUUUGGUGGGCUGGACUGCUAUCAAUGGGAUUAGGAGAAGCUGCAAAUUUUGCUGCCUAUGCCUUUGCACCUGCAACCUUAAUUACCCCCUUGGGUGCACUGAGUGUUCUCAUAAGUGCUAUAUUGUCAUCCUAUUUUUUAAAUGAGAAGCUGAAUAUUCAUGGAAAACUGGGCUGUGUACUGAGCAUUUUGGGGUCAACAGUCAUGGUUAUUCAUGCCCCUGAGGAGGAGGAGGUCACCUCACUAGAUGAGAUGGAAAGAAAGCUACAGGAUCCAGCAUUUGUGACAUUUGCUGUUCUCCUAACAGUCGUUGCCCUUGUCCUGAUUGUUUUUGUGGCUCCAAAGAGAGGUCAGACAAAUAUCCUGAUCUACGUUUUAAUUUGCUCACUCAUCGGUGCCUUCUCUGUCUCCUCUGUGAAAGGCCUGGGCAUUGCCAUUAAGCAAAUGCUGGAGAAGAAGCCAGCCUACCGCCAUCCCUUGGUUUACAUUUUGGUGGGCAUCUUGGUGCUGUCAGUCAGCACUCAGAUCAACUAUCUCAACAAAGCACUGGACGUGUUCAACACAUCCCUUGUGACACCCAUUUAUUACGUGUGCUUCACCACGACAGUGGUGACCUGCUCCAUCAUCUUGUUCAAGGAGUGGAGUAGUAUGGAACUGGGUGAUAUCAUUGGAACCCUGAGUGGAUUCUGCAGCAUCAUCAUUGGCAUUUUCCUACUGCAUGCUUUCAAGAACACUAACAUCACCUGGAGUCAGCUGAUGUCCACUGUUGCCAAAGAGUCGUCACUGCCACACCGUGAAAUCGAAACCAGCCACACUUUGCUGGAGAGCAUGGAAGACCCAGCUUUGGUGUACGAGGAGGACAACAUUUUGUUCAGUCAAUGAAACACUCAAGCAGUGUUCAUCAUCAAAGUACCAUGAAUUGCAAACUCAGCCCACCCAUGACUACUAGAAUGCUCUAUUUUUCUGCAGUCCUCUGGAAAUUUGUCUGUGAAGCCUGUGAACAGUGGGCCACUCCUCUCUAUGUCAGCUGUUGGCAGUAAUGAAUGAAAAUGUUCAGUAAACUGGCAUGACAGACAGAAUCCUGGUGGUGAUUAUAUGUUAGGCAAUGAAAAAACACAGUCGUUUUUUAAUGCAGCGUCUCUUCUUGGGAAAUUUUAGCAAAAAAGAAUGGUCUUUGUAAGCCAUGUUUUAAGAAUGCAAUUUUCUUUUACUUAUAAAGACAAUCCUUGCUGACGUGGCAGAUACUCUGCUAU